GAACAGAAAAAGGGAGAAAACCAAGAGCUUGGCUGACUGGGAUGCGUGUCUCGCGUCGUGAUAGGACCCCAACGACUCGUUCCUGCAGGGUAACACCGCCAACUACAUUGACGAGAUGUACCUCGCCUGGAAAAAAGACCCUGAGAGCGUGCACGUCUCCUGGCGGACGUACUUCAAGAACAUGGAGUCGGGCAAGAUGCCCAUCUCCCAGGCUUUCCAACCGCCGCCCACCCUCAUUCCUCCUCCCGCCGGUGGUGUGCCCUCGGUCAUGCCCGGUGCUGGACUUGGCGCCGACAACGAUCUCACGGAGCACCUGAAGGUCCAGCUGCUGGUUCGCGCCUACCAGGCUCGUGGCCACCACAAGGCCAAGAUUGAUCCUCUGGGUAUCCGCGGCGACUCGGAAGCGUUCGGUUACAACGACCCCAAGGAGCUGCACCUGGACCACUAUGGAUUCACCGAGGCGGAUCUCGACAAGGAGUUCACUCUGGGACCUGGUAUUCUGCCUCGCUUCGCCACCGAGUCGCGCAAGAAGAUGACCCUGCGCGAGAUCAUCGACGCGUGCGAGAAGAUCUACUGCGGCUCCUACGGUGUCGAGUACAUCCACAUCCCGGACCGCAAGCCCUGCGACUGGAUCCGUGACCGCUUCGAGGUCCCUCAGCCCUACAAGUACUCCGUCGAUGAGAAGCGCCGCAUCCUCGACCGUCUCAUCUGGAGUUCCAGCUUCGAAUCUUUCCUGGCUACCAAGUUCCCCAACGACAAGCGUUUCGGUCUGGAGGGAUGCGAGAGCUUGGUGCCUGGUAUGAAGGCCCUGAUCGACCGCAGUGUCGACUACGGUAUCAAGGACGUCGUCAUUGGUAUGCCUCACCGUGGUCGUCUGAACGUUCUGUCCAACGUCGUCCGCAAGCCGAACGAGUCCAUCUUCAGCGAGUUCACCGGCUCCGGUGACCCCUCCGACGAGGGUUCGGGUGAUGUCAAGUACCACUUGGGUAUGAACUUCGAGCGUCCCACUCCCUCUGGCAAGCGCGUGCAGCUGUCUCUGGUCGCCAACCCCUCCCAUCUGGAGGCUGAGGACCCCGUUGUCCUCGGAAAGGCCCGUGCCAUCCAGCACUACAACAACGACGAGAAGGAGUUCAACACCGCCAUGGGUGUCUUGCUGCACGGUGAUGCCGCCUUCGCCGCCCAGGGAGUCGUCUAUGAGACUCUGGGAUUCCACUCUCUGCCCGCCUACUCCACCGGUGGUACCGUUCACAUCGUCGUGAACAACCAGAUCGGUUUCACCACUGAUCCUCGCUUUGCUCGUUCCACCCCCUACUGUUCCGACAUUGCCAAGGCCAUCGACGCUCCCGUCUUCCACGUCAACGGUGACGAUGUCGAGGCUGUCAACUACGUCUGCCAGGUUGCUGCUGACUGGCGUGCCGAGUUCAAGCGUGAUGUCGUCGUGGACAUUGUCUGCUACCGUAAGCACGGCCACAACGAGACCGACCAGCCUUUCUUCACCCAGCCCCUGAUGUACAAGCGCAUCAGCUCUCAGAAGAGCCAGCUCGACAAGUACGUCGAGAAGCUGAUCGCUGAGGGUACCUUCACCAAGGAGGACAUCGAGGAGCACAAGAAGUGGGUCUGGGGCAUGCUCAACGACAGCUUCGACCGCAGCAAGGACUACCAGCCCACCAGCCGUGAAUGGCUCACCUCCGCCUGGAACGGCUUCAAGACCCCCAAGGAACUGGCUACCGAGAUCCUGCCUCACCUUCCUACCGGUGUCGAUGCUGACCUGCUGAAGUCCAUCGCCGACAAGAUCAGUGGUGCUCCCGAAGGCUUCAAUCUCCACCGCAACCUCAAGCGUAUCUUGAGCAACCGUAAGAAGACCGUUGACGAAGGUGAAAACAUCGACUGGUCCACCGCUGAGGCUCUGGCAUUCGGUUCCCUCGUCGCUGAGGGUCACCAUGUCCGUGUCUCUGGACAGGAUGUCGAGCGUGGUACCUUCUCGCAGCGUCACGCUGUCCUGCACGACCAGGAGAGCGAGGCCACCUACACUCCUCUGCAACACAUCACUCCUGACCAGGGCUCCUUUGUCAUCUCUAACUCCUCUCUGAGCGAGUUCGGCGCUCUCGGUUUCGAGUACGGUUACUCUCUGACCUCCCCCAACGCCCUGGUGAUGUGGGAGGCCCAGUUCGGUGACUUCGCCAACAACGCCCAAUGUAUCAUUGACCAGUUCAUUGCUUCCGGUGAAGCUAAGUGGCUGCAGCGCUCUGGUCUGGUCGUCUCUCUGCCUCACGGUUAUGAUGGACAGGGUCCUGAGCACUCUUCCGGUAGAAUGGAGCGUUGGCUGCAGCUCUGUAACGAGGAGCCCCGCGUGUUCCCGUCUGAGGAAAAGCUGCAGCGCCAGCACCAGGACUGCAACAUGCAGAUUGCCUACAUGACCUCCCCAUCCAACCUGUUCCACAUCAUGCGCCGCCAGAUCAACCGCCAGUUCCGCAAGCCUCUCGUGAUCUUCUUCUCGAAGUCUCUCCUGCGUCACCCGAUUGCCCGCUCUCCUCUUGAGGAGUUCACCGGCGACUCCCACUUCCAGUGGAUCAUCCCCGACCCUGCCCACGGCACCGCCAUUGACGAGCCCGAGAAGAUCGAGCGUGUCAUCCUUUGCUCUGGUCAGGUGUACGCCGCGCUGACCAAGCACCGUGAGAGCCAGGGCAUCCGCAACACCGCCAUCACCCGUAUUGAGCAGCUCCACCCCUUCCCGUGGGCGCAGCUCAAGGAGAACCUGGACAGCUACCCCAACGCCAAGAACAUUGUCUGGUGCCAGGAAGAGCCGCUGAACGCCGGUGCCUGGAGUUACACCCAGCCGCGUCUUGAGACGCUCCUGAACGCGACUGAGCACCACAACCGCCGCCACGUGUUGUACGCCGGUCGUGCCCCCAGCGCCUCUGUUGCCACCGGUAACAAGGCCAGCCACCUGAAGGAGGAGGCUGAGCUGCUGGAGGAUGCCUUCAGCGUCCACCAGGAGCACCUGAAGGGCGAGUAAACGACCUCAGUGGGUCGCUCGCUGCAGUGUAGAAGAGGGGGAGAUAAUAGUUGCAAAAUUAUUUGAACGUUCUCGGAAACUUGGCCUUGGACCGUGUAUUGUUGGAUCAUUCCAUCUCCCUUUUUGUAUCAUCUCCCUUUGUUGUCUUGUUGGAAGCAUGGUAUCCAGCGGUGUUGAUGCCGUCAUCGUUCGAUCUGUCAGUUUCCCAGGGUCUAUCGCCUGGAGGGAUGCUGGCCGGCCGUCUAGAGUUCUGUAAAAUAAAGGAUGGUUGAUUCAUAGUAUUUGACACUGGUUCUAUCUACCC